CGCCUUGUACUGUAUCCGGAAAACACCACGCUCUGAAAGCUGGUUGAGGCGGUCCGCGGAGGUGUUGUUGCUGGCCCGGGGAAUCCCCUUCCCAGCUCCGCAGACGCCAGCAACUCCACCAUGGCGCACCAACCCUCCCACAACACCACCCCCCCGCGCAAUCGUCUAUGCCUGACGAGACCGAGGAAAGCCAUCGCGCAGUCGAGUUCUGGCCUUGGGCUAGCGGCGUCACGUGCGGCCGGCUCCAGCGUCUCCGCUGCCCCUCAACACCAUCACGACUCGCGAAGCCGCGAGCCUCGCGAUGCACUCGCGCGCCGCCGCCAGCAUAUCCCGUCCGCCAUCAUUUUUCUCGGCUGAGACAAGCAUGUCGCCGUCUUCUAGAGGGUGCGAUGCCUACCACGCUUCACAUGUGUUGGAAUCGUUGCCCGAAGCGGCACCUGAAGCCGCUCCCGUUUCAGGACCCCCCAAGCGCUGUGCCUUAUGCCAACGGUUGACGGCCAUCCGGCUGCUCUUCCAACGCCCGCCACCACCUCUGCCAUUAUUCUCCAGUCCACACCGGCAGUCUGCAGAAACUUCAAUUUCCCACGUUU